AGUCUCCCCCGCUAGCUGGCACAAUGCAGGGCAGUAAGGAUCGCCUGCUGGCUGAGAGUGAUAGGAAGGAGCGGACUCUCCUGCUAGCUGGCACAAUGCUGGGCAGUAAAGAUCGUCUGCUGGCUGAGAGUGAUAGAAAGGAGCGGACUACCCCGCUAGCUGGCACAAUGCUGGGCAGUAAGGAUUGCCUGCUGGCUGAGAGUGAUAGGAAGGAGCAGACUCCCCCGCUAGCUGACACAAUGCUGUGCAGUAAGGAUUGUCUGCUGGCUGAGCUUGAUAGGAAAAAGCGGACUCCCCCGCUAGCUGGCACAAUACUGGGCAGUAAGAAUCGCCUACUGACUGAGAAUGAUAGGACGGAACGAACUCCCAUGCUCGCUGGCAUAAUGCUGGGCAGUAAUAAUCGCCUGCUGGCUGAGCAUGAUAGGAAAGAGCGGACUCCCCCGCUAGCUGGCACAAUGCUGGGCAGUGCGAAUCGCCUACUGACUGAGAAUGAUAGGAAGGAGUGGACUCCCCUGCAGGCUGGCAUAUUGCUGAUCAGUAAGGAUCACCUGCUGGCUGAGCGUGAUAGGAAACAGCGGACUCCCCCGCUAGCUGGCACAAUGCAGGGCAGUAAGGAUCGCCUGCUGGCUGAGAGUAAUAGGAAGGAGCGGACUCUCCUGCUAGCUGGCACAAUGCUGGGCAGUAAGGAUCGCCUACUGGCUGAGAGUGAUAGGAUGGAGCGGACCCUCCCGCUAGCUGGCACAAAGCUGGGCAGUAAGGAUUGCCUGCUGAUUCUGUGUGUCACUUCCCACUCUGCACUCAUACAUGGCACCCAUCCUCCUCCCCCUCACUCACACAUCCCAGAUGGUUUGCAGCCUCUGAGGCUCUGACUAGCAGCAUCCUAUCUCUCUCUCCGUUCUCCCAGCUCGUCUCCCUGCAUCUCCGAUGGGCUGCCGGGCUCACAAGAGGUGAGUGAUUAGUGGCCACCCUGUGUCUGCUGUGCAGGUGAGGGAUGCUGUGCUGG